GUUAUAGCGCAGCAAUUGCGCCCACGCCGCCCACGACGACGACCACCACCGUCUCGCCCUCGAACCUGCUGCCCUACUUCGACUUUGAUGUGCCGCGCAACUUGACCGUAACCGUUGGCCAGACCGGCUUCCUCCACUGCCGCGUGGAGCGGCUCGGCGAUAAGGAUGUUUCCUGGAUACGCAAACGUGAUCUGCAUAUCCUCACCGCCGGCGGCACCACCUACACGUCCGAUCAGCGUUUCCAGGUCCUGCGACCCGAUGGCUCCGCCAAUUGGACACUGCAAAUCAAAUAUCCGCAGCCACGUGACUCCGGCGUCUACGAGUGUCAAAUCAACACGGAGCCCAAGAUGUCUCUGUCCUACACAUUCAACGUAGUGGAACUCAAAGCGGAAAUCUUCGGGCCCAGCGAUCUGAUGGUGAAAACCGGUAGCGACAUCAACCUCACUUGCAAAAUUAUGCAGGGACCCCACGAGUUGGGCAACAUAUUCUGGUACAAAGGCAGCGAAAUGCUCGACGGCAAGGGCGAAAAUGAAAUCGACAGCUCCAUGGCCCGGAUUCGUGUCGAGGAUGAUUGGACCGACGGCCUGACUUCGAGAUUAAAAAUCAAGCGCGCCAUGCCCGGCGAUACUGGCAACUACACCUGUGUGCCGACGGUGGCAAAAACCUCGAGCGUCUAUGUGCACGUAAUUAUUGGCGAGCACCCGGCGGCCAUGCAACACAACUCGAGCAGCAACAGCAACAGCUUCUAUUGCGGCAUCUGCUGCAUGCUCCUGAGCAUUGUAUCCUGCUGCCUGCAGCACUUCUACGAGGCCGGGUGUGGAUACAUCCAUGCUGCGGCAGCGGCGGCAAAUUCAGCGGCACUGCGUCCCCCGAAGCGAACGGCGCUAACGAACAGCGAAGCACGAGUAACUGCAGCAGCAGCAACAACAGCAACAGCAGCAACAGCAACAUCUAUGGCAGCAACGUGCAACAUGUUGAGAGAACGCCCAGCGGCGGUUCAGUGCAUGAGAUGAAGGAAUAAUCAACACGCAGCGAAACACUAAAAAGGCAAAGUACACACACACAAAACACAACACAAUUCAACACACAGUACACAUAUUCAAGGUGAUUUAAGUUUUUUAUGUAUCGCAUGGGGGGUCAAACAUAAGUAUUUACUAACUUCUAAGAUGAAUGCACUUAGUGGACAGAAAACAUAUAUUAGACGAUAAGCAAGACAAGUAUUUAAUGAAGAUAAUUAGUUAUAAUUUGCCAGUCGUUCUGAUUAAUUUUAAUUACCAAUAACCGAUAGGCAGUAAGUGAUCAUCACUGAUAGACUCCCCACAACCAUACGAUGAUAUUGAUUGAGCAUUACUUCUAUAUAUCUGAUUCUAAAGCUUAACCCCGGACUGACUGUAUCAAUUUUUCCCCUUACAAGUGACAAUCGAUGGCCGUCAAUAAUAUCCGAAAUAUCUAUCGAUUUCCGGAAUACGGCUAUUGGCUAUCAGAUAAUACAAUUAUAAGAUGGGUAACGCCAAUCGAAUGCAGUCUCUAUUGAAAAGCAAGAGAGAGAAGCUUGGUUGCAGAAACAUUUCUUACUUGUAGAAUUGGCAUUAUCCAACUUAUUUUUAUGUUAUGCCUUUAAUUGAUAUCUGUCUUCUGCCAAAUAUGGACUGCACAACCCAUAGUAAAUGAAAUGCCCCACACUCUCAUUAUGAAGUAAGACUUACUAGCUAUAAAAUACUCUGAGAUGCCCGAAUCACUCCACAUGCAACAUGCCCCAUUCCUUGGACUCACAGUAAUCUUCUUCUAUGCAAUCUCUAACUGCCAGCGACAACCUUGCACCCCUUAGCCCAUUGAGUCAGAAAUUGGAUUGAAAUUUGCUGUAAAUAAUUGCCGUUCGAUGGGAAAUAUUUAACCAAGAGCACUUGGAGGAGGUAUUUUUUUGGAAAACAAUUAAGAGACGAAGCAAGGCCAUUGUUUUAUGUUCGAGUGCGAAUCGGUUGCUUUGCACAUUUAUCUGUUUUAGGCAUUAGCUACGUUAGGAUACGAUUGUGAAUGUGUAUAGUCGAUAAGCGGAUAACAAUGAGAGCCAACACUCGCUUUCAUACAUACAUACGUCAGCACUCGAACCUUGUUUGUGUCAGACCCAAUUGCGGGGUAAACUCGUUUAAUUGUAUAUAAUUAGUUUUGGCUAGAAAAAAAAAAGAAAAACAUAAAACUAAACCGAAAACCAA